UCGACAAAGAAGAAUAACUGUUCUUGUUAUCAUUCCUGAGAACAUUUAGUUUGUUGUUUUUCCCAGAUCUUCUGUUGGCCAAUCAUACUUGAUCGUGGGUGGAGACGAGACAGAGAGGACAUCUUAAGGCUCCAGAGAGACUCAACCAGAGAGAGCACAGAGAUAAACUAAACCAGAGAGACCAAACAGAACAGUGAGACCUGUUAUGAAGACACAUCACUGUGACACCUGUGGGAAGAGCCUUUCCUCAUCCAGUAACCUCAAGCAGCACAUGAUGAUCCACACAGGAGAGAAGCCCUACAGCUGUGACCUCUGUGGGAAAACCUUUAGCCAGGCUGGCAAUUUCAGAGCUCACAGCAGGAUCCACACUGGAGAGAAGCCCUACAGCUGUGACCUCUGUGGUAAAACCUUUAGCCAGGCUUCUGCUUUGCCAGUUCACCGCAGGAUCCACACUGGAGAGAAGCCCUACAACUGUGAUAUCUGUGGUAAAACUUUUAGACAUAAUGCCAAUUUCAGAGAUCACCGCAGGACCCACAUUGGAAAGAAGCCCUACAGCUGUGACUUCUGUGGUCAAACCUUUAGCCGGGCUGACCGUUUAAGAAUUCACAGCAUGAUCCACACUGAAGAAAAGCCCUACAGCUGUGACCUCUGUGGUAAAACCUUAAGUAAUUCUGCUAGUUUCACAGUUCACAGGAGGAUCCACACUGGAGAGAAGCCCUACAGCUGUGACCUUUGUGGUAAAACCUUUAGCCGGUCGGACAGUUUAAGAGUUCACCGCAGGAUCCACACUGGGGAGAAGCCCUACAGCUGUGACCUCUGUGAUAAAACCUUUAGCCAGGCUGCCCAUUUCAGAGAUCACCACAUGACCCACACUGGAGAGAAGCCCUACAGCUGUGACCUCUGUGGUAAAACCUUUAGCCAGGCUGCCAAUUUCAGAGAUCACCACAUUACCCACACUGGAGAGAAGCCUUACUGCUGUGACCUCUGUGGUAAAACCUUUAGCCAGGCUGGCAAUUUCAGAUAUCAUCACAGGACCCACACUGGAGAGAAGCCCUACAGCUGUGACCUCUGUAGUCAAACCUUUAGCCGGUCUGACAUUUUAAGAGUACACCGCAGAAUCCACACUGGAGAGAAGCCCUACAGCUGUGACCUCUGUGGUCAAAGUUUUAACCAGGCUGCCCAUUUCAGAGUUCACCGCAGGAUCCAUACUGGAGCGAAGCCCUACAGCUGUGACCUCUGUGGUAAAACGUUUAGCCUGGCUGGCAGUUUAAGAUCUCACCGCAGGACCCACAUUGUAAAGAAUCCCUACAGCUGUGACCCCUGUGAUAAAGCCUUCUCUUCCUCUAGUGGACUGAAGAAGCACAGCAGGAUCCAUAGAGGAGAGAAGCCCUACAGCUGCCCACACUGUGACUAUUCAGGUAAAACAAAUGACCAUCUGAAGGGUCACCUGCGUAUCCACAAUAGAAAACAAACCAAAGCAGUGAUGUCUGGUGACAAGCUGUCCCAGCAGUCACCACCUGAGAGAACUUCUGUGUUACCCACAGCUGGAAGAACUACUGGCCUGCACCUACUGGGACAGCACAUGCAGUAACACCAGAUCUACAGUCCAACAUGACAGCACAUGCAGUAACACCAGAUAUACAGUCCAACAUGACAGCACAUGCAGUAACACCAGAUCUACAGUCCAACAUGACAGCACAUGCAGUAACACCAGAUCUACAGUCCAACAUGACAGCACAUGCAGUAACACCAGAUCUACAGUCCAACAUGACAGCACAUGCAGUAACUCCAGAUCUACAGUCCAACAUGACAGCACAUGCAGUAACACCAGAUCUACAGUCCAACAUGACAGCACAUGCAGUAACACCAGAUCUACAGUCCAACAUGACAGCACAUGCAGUAACACCAGAUCUACAGUCCAACAUGACAGUACACACACAUGAUUUUUUUAUUGUUGUUUACUACAUUGUAGUGCUGAUCGUUUAAUGAUGUUUUGAGUGUUUUCAUUGAUUUGCAUCAUUCCUUAUCAUCGCUUUGAAAGGCUGGGUGUCACCCUGCCCCCCUCCUCUCAUAUGCUAAAAUCUGGAGUUACUGGACGGAGUCUCUACUUGAUGGCUCUCACACCUCAUUGUGUUACUGUAGCCUUGCUAGUCAUAUGUUGAUAAGUAAGGGUCAAGAUGUGGUCUGAUUGGUUGUUCUUGGGUAUAAAGGGAAUUGUGAAGCAUUGUUCUGUGGAUUCUUGAUCUCAUGAGAACUUCUCCUCAGCUCUGGCUUGUCCUUCUCAUUCUCCUUGCUCAACUCUUACUCACUCUCUCUCUGAUUUAAAAUUAUCAAGGUAGAGUAGGUAAGAUUUAAAGCCUUCAUUUUGUAACAUGUUUGCCUUGUAAUUGAUUUCAUUCAUUUGCAAUGUUAUUAAAUGUAUAUUUCAUUUAACCUUCCUUUGACCAUUCUUUCUCUGAUUUAA